AUGAUUCAUUCAUCCUCUAUACAAUUAGAUGAAUUUAGAAGUAAUGAAAGUCAUGAUUCUAUUAUUGAAUUAUAUUCCAGGUGUGAUAAAUUAAAAUUAACAAAUGAUAUUCAUAUUGUUCCAUUGAAAAGUGUUUACCAACGAUUAAGUGUAACCGAUUCCCACACGGGUUUAACAGAACAACAAGUGAUAUCAAAACAAGAAGAAUAUGGUUCAAAUAAACUUACUCAACCACCACAACCAGGCUAUAUUAAAUUAUUUAUUCAACAAGCCUUCAUCGGUUUUAAUGGAAUAUUGUGGAUUGCUGGAAUAUUUGCAUUUUUGGCUUACAAACCAUUUGGUGAACCAGAUCCAGAUGUAACAAAUCUUGGUUUGGGCAUCGUUCUAUUAUUAGUUAUUAUAUUAAAUGCUGUUUUGAAUGUAUAUCAAGAAAUGAAAUCAUUAAAAAUAAUAUCAUCAUUUACAAAAAUAUCUCCAACAUUGGCGAUUGUUCGACGUCAAAAUAUCGAACAACAAAUACAUGCUGAGCUAUUGGUACCAGGUGAUAUCAUUUUACUAAAAAUUGGCGAUAAAGUACCGGCCGAUUGUCGAAUUCUCACAUGUGAUAGUUUAAAAGUAAAUAAUUCUGAGUUAACAGGCGAAUCAAAACCAGUUGCGUGUACCGUUAAAUGUUCAAGUUUGAAUUAUAUGGAAUCAACAAAUAUUUUAUUUUAUUCAUCAUCGGUUGUGCAAGGACGAGGAGAAGCAAUAGUAACAGCAAUUGGCGAUAAAACUGUACUUGGGAAUGUUAGCAAAUUAACACGAAGCGGUAGUAAAAAUGAUGAAAUAACUGGUUUACACCGUGAAGUAAAUCGUUUUGUUUUAUUUGUUGUUGGUGUCACAGUUAUUGCUAUUAUCACUAUUUGGAUAACAUGGAUAUUCUGGUUAAAAAUAUAUCAUAAAGAAUUUUUAAGUGCUAAUCAGGUUAUUGUUAACAGUAUUGGAAUGACCGUUGGAUUUUUACCAAUGGGUUUACCUGCAGCCGUAACUCUAGUACUAACAAUCGUUGCUAAACGAAUGUAUAAACAAAAAGUUUUAGUUAAAAGUUUACAAACAGUUGAGACAUUUAAUUCAACAUCAAUCAUAUGCACAGAUAAAACAGGCACGUUGACAUUAAACAAAAUGUCUGUUGCUCAUUUAUUAUGGGACAUAAAUGGUGAAUAUAAAGUCCGAGAAACAACAGCCGAAACAUUGGAUCAAAACGCGAAAUUAUCAACAUUUGGUUCAAUAGCUAAACGUUUCUCAGCGAUUCGACGAAGUAUGAGUAUGAGUGAUCAGUCACAAUCACUACCACCAACAGCAAAAAAAUCGCAGUAUUCAUUACUAAAUCAAAUUCAACCAGUUGUACUUCAAGACUUAUUAGUAGGUGCUUGUCUAUGUAAUGAUGCUGAAAAACAAAUGAAAGAUAAUGAAAUGCAAUUAGUUGGUGAUGCUGCUGAUUUAGCUUUAUAUUCCUUGGGCGCAGAUAAAUUUUCAUUGGAUGUUGAACAUAUUAAAACAACAAAUAAACGUUUAAAUGGAUUACCAUUUAAUUCAACAAAUAAAUUUAUGAUAACAGCGAAUCGUCUAGGAGAUUCAACGCCAGGUGAAAAUGCACAAGUUUUAAUCACCAUGAAAGGUGCACCAGAUAUUGUGGCUGAACGAUGUUGGACGUAUAAAUCGAAUGAUGGACAUAUCAAAGAAUUGAACGAUGACAUAAGGCAGCAAAUUUCUUUUAGACAGGAACAAUUGGGUAAAUCUGGUUAUCGUGUGAUUGCUUUACUUCAACAAAUCAAGUCAAAAUCAGAAUAUGAACAGUUGAUGCAGGAUUAUAAUGAGCUAAGACUUAAUUCAGUAAAAACUGAGGAACAUGAAGAUUUAUGUGGUUUACCAGGAAAUGGGUACUGUUUUAUUGGUCUCUUUUCUUUACUCGAUCCUCCAAGACCAGAAGUGCCAGAUGCAGUAUUAAAAGCAAGACAAGCAAAAAUUCGAAUCGCUAUGGUCACAGGUGAUCAUUCGACUACAGCUGUUUCAACAGCAAAAACAGUGAAUAUCUUGAGUGAAGAAAUAAGUGUUCAAAAUGGUCUUGAUUCAUUUAAAUUCAGUGGUUCAAAUGGAGUUCAAUUAUUUAGAAAUGACAGUUUAUUAACUACACACACACUUGGCAAAAUCACAAAAUUAGAUUUUGGCUUUUCAAAAAAGAAGAGCAAAGUUGUUUUGAUAACUGAUGGUGGCGAUAAACAAGAACGACAUUUAAUUAAACAAUGGUGGCGAAAUAUUACAAUGUAUUUCUCAGAACCAGUUGCGACCAAAUCACGUGAUAAACAAGUAUUAAUUCCAUAUGGGGUUGUUGUUCAAGGAAGUAAUAUUCCGUUAAUGGAUGAUUAUCUCUGGGAUUGGGUGUUAUCUCAUCAAGAACUUGUAUUUGCACGAACAUCACCAGAACAGAAACUUCGCAUUGUAAUGGAAUGUCAACGACGAGGUGAAAUUGUUGCUGUAACAGGUGACGGAACCAAUGACGCACCUGGAUUGAAACGAGCUGAUCUAGGAGUAUCGAUGCAGUCAGGAACGGAUGUUUCAAAAGAAGCUGGUGAUAUGAUACUGCUGGAUAAUGAUUUUUCGUCAAUUAUUCAAGCUAUCGAGACGGGAAGAUUACUGAGUGAUAAUUUGAAAAAAGUGGCAAUUUAUCUACUUCCAGGAGGCUCAUGGUCUGAGAUUUGGCCUGUCUUCUUCAAUGUUUGGCUUGGAAUUCCAUUAGCACUGUCUGCCUUUCAAGCAACUGUCUUUUGUAUGCUCAAUGAUGUCUUUAUGUCACUGGCUAUGGUUAGUGAGAAAGCUGAGUCAGAUAUUAUGCGUCGUCCACCUGUUAUUCGAACUAAAUCCCAUUUAUUAAAUCUCAAGUUAUUAUUUCAUGCCUAUAUAAUUAUCGGUAAUAUCGAAUGUUUCGCCGCUUUCUUUUGCUAUUUCUGGUAUUACACAUCACAAAAUAUUCCUUUAUCAUCAAUAUUCUUCAAAUAUGAAACAUUUGAGUCACUACAACUUCAUAAAACUAAAGAUGAAUUAACCAAAAUAAAUCAGACGGGUCAAUGUAUUUAUUAUGUGGCUUUAUGUAUAAUGCAAUUAUUCAAUCUAUUAACAACACGAACACGAUAUGCAUCAUUCUUCUCACAUAAUCCAUUCUAUGGAAAAGGACAGAAUUUAUGGAUUCUAUUAUCAAUGUUAUUAUCCAUAGGCACAUGUAUAUUGAUAACACAAGUACCGUGGUCACAAAAAAUAUUUAAAACAGAACAAGUACCGCUUAUUUAUGUGUUGCCAGCGUUGGCAUUUGGUACAGGACUAUUUUUAUUAGAUGAACUGAGAAAAUUGUACAUAAGACGAAAUCCAAAAUGUCUUUUAGAGCGAAUUGCAUGGUAA